AUGGCUGGCAUUUUACAACGUCCAGGCGUUGAUUAUUUCUCGGUGAAUAAGCAGAGAUCUCAAAGCAACACAUCUGUCUCUCCUGCUUUUGUCUGGGACUCAAACUCUUACAACGACCCAGCGGACUCGUGUGAUUCUAUCCUCACAUCGCCUACCUCACCAGAAUCCAUUACUUUCCCCGCCGACUCCUUCGCUCUAUCCAAGGAGGAUAUCAAGGACCAGUCGUUUAACUUUGGCUCGUUUGAGGAUUGGAUGCGUUGGGACGAUCCAAGUGACGCAGCACUGUCGCCAACAUCUGACUUCUUCCCAGAGCUCAAGCUCGAGCCUAUGUCUCCCAACAUGAGAGGAUUAGAGCUUCAAGGGGGAGGACAACUAGACGACUCGGCUGUUUUCGUCGAGGAACCCAUCGCCGAAGAAUCACUGUUCCAAACUCAAGGGUCCAUGAAAAGUUCUCCACUCAACGAUAUCUCGCAACGAGAAGGCUUAUACUCAACCCCUCUCUCCUGGUCACGGCCCGCACCAGGUUCCAGACAAGUAACCUCCCACAACGGCAUUCUCACCCCACAGCAAGAAGCCAAACUCCGCGACAUCGCCAUGCCGUCGCAAGCCCGCAGCCCCACGUCAUCCACUACAUCAUCGCCCGAGCCCUGCACGGACAACAUGAGGAAGCGCAAGAGCAGCGCAGACGACGAGGAAGACGAGGACGAAGACGAUGAAAGCCCGCCUGCUGGUAGCGGCCGUAGACACCCACCGAUCAAGAAGACAGCACACAACAUGAUUGAGAAACGGUACCGCACAAACCUCAACGACAAGAUCACCGCGCUCCGCGACUCGGUGCCGUCAUUACGGGUCAUGAGCAAGCGCAACUCGCGCGGUGAGGAGAUCGAGGAAGAUCUGCAAGGCUUGACUCCAGCGCAUAAGCUGAACAAGGCAACCGUCCUCUCCAAAGCCACAGAAUACAUCGCCCACCUAGAAAAACGCAACAGAUACCUCGCCAAAGAAAACUCGUCCCUCAAAGCCCGCGUCGACGCCUUCGAGAUCCUCGUCAUGGCCCGGCAGCCUCAAAACGUUAACCAGCAGCGCGCGGCCACUUCGAGUCGGCAGGGUAGCGCUGCGAGGUAUAGUCUGGAUGGUAUCAUGGGAUGA